AUGGUGAUUUGGAAGGAUGCGGUUUAUACUUUAGUCCUAACAAUAUUAGAACAUUUUAAUGGAAGAUUUACCAACCAAAAUGAAACCCUUAGAACUCUUCUAAAUGGAUUACGAUGUAGACAUUUAGGAGAAUUUAGGUGGUAUAAAGACACCUUUUUAAGUAGAGUAAUGGACUUGCCAGAAAGCAAUAGCGUCCAUUGGAAAACUAAAUUCAUAGAUGGUCUUCCUUCGCUAUUUGCAGAAAGAGUUCGAAAAAUUCUACGAGGGACCAAUACUGCUAUCCCAUAUGAUGUCUUCACUUAUGCUCAGCAACUAAAGGCAAAUAGUAAAUCAGAAAAAUCCCAAUUAGGAGAUUUUUGUACUCAAUUUGCUGUUGCAGGCCCUUCUCAAAAAUCGGGAAAAAAAAUUAAAAAACAUCAUCGUUCUAGGGAAGAUAAGCCCUAUAAAUAUAGUCGAAGUAAAGAAAAACGUGAGGAAAGAAAAACUCACCGGAAAUCUAGUAGAUUUACUAAAAAUCGAUCUAAAAGAGAUCUGAGUAAAAUAAAAUGCUAUGAAUGUGGUCAAUAUGGGCAUAUUGCUCCAAAUUGUAAAUUACAAAAGCUUAAAGGCUUAAAUCUUGCUGAAGAUAUUCAUGAUAAAGUCUAUGGCUUAUUAUACACUUCGGGUGAAGUUGAAAAACUUAAACAAGAAAUUAAAUUUCUUAAACAAAGUCAGCUUGUCCAUGAUCAUCGGAUUUCACAAUUAGAAAACGUAGAUCAUAUAGAAUCACCACUCUCUAAUAAUAAAGGAAAAGGUGUUCUUGAUAACGAAGAAUUAAAAAGGCAUAUUGUCACUCUUCCAUAUGAAGACAAUUUCAGUGAACAAAAUAUUCCUACUAAAUCUCGUCCCUGUCAAAUGAAUGGUGAGUUAGUAGAAUUCUGUAAAAAGGAAAUUGAUAAUCUCCUACAAAAAGGUUUAAUUAAACCUUCCAAAUCACCAUGGUCUUGCACUGCCUUUUAUGUUAAUAAUGCUGCAGAAAAAGAACGAGGUAUGCCCAGGAUAUUGGCAAAUACAGAUUUUUAA